CACGUUCUUCAAUUCAUCAAGCACAUUGGGAAGGUGGUGAACGACUGGCGUUACAAAGAACUGGAAGCUAAUUAUGAUAUGGGUCAGCACAUGCCGAGGCUAAUGGGGGAUGUGAUAAUGCUGAAGCAGAAAUCAGCAUGUGCAAAUGACUUCUUUAGAGGGGGAUAUAAUCACAUUUGGUUUCAAAUUUCACCAGACGAACGGAAAGACUUGUUUGAUUCAGAUUUCACCAUGCAGCUCAAGCUCUGCGAAUAGAAUGGGAGAUUCAGCAUGCCUCAUGCAUGGCUUCUCUUAUGCUUCUGCUUUACCCAAUGAAUCCACACUGCAGGGGAACCCCAUGCAUGCUCUUGGGGACUCAAUUUCGUUUGGGAGGUUUAUGACUGAAUCCUUGUCUUGGGAGAAAUGGUCAACAUUUUCACACAAGAAGUACGUGGAGGAGGCUGAGAGAUACGCACAGCCGGGAUCUGUGGCACAGAAGAAGGCUUUCUUUGAGGCUCAUUACAAGAGAAUUGCAGCUCGAAAAGCUGCAGCUUUGCUUGAGCAAGAAAAUGCUGCUAAGAUAACAGAAGCCGAAGGAGUUGGAUACAAUAAUGCUUAUGAUGAAAAACGAGUAAUCUUCAAUUCUCAUCCGGAUGUUGAUGUGAAAAUUGAGGAGGUCAAAAUUCAGGAAGAUGCCAAGGAAGACAGCAUAGUGGAUGUAAACGAGCAUGGUUUGAUCACUGCUGUAGGAAAUGGUAAAGAAGGGGAACGUGCUGUAAUUCCAGAAACUGAGGCCUCAAAUGAGAAGAGAAAUUCAGUUAAUCAGCUUGAUAAUCUUGGGAACCAGCACACGGUUUCUGUGUUGGGAAGUAGUGGGACUCCAAAACUGGAGAGGCCGUCAGUAAAGCAGAACUCUGUUGCUAGUGCAGCUAUCCCAUCAUUGUCAAGCAAUGAAAAAUCAGGUCUUUACUUAUUGAAGACAUCAAUUCAGGAUAAACCUUGGAAAAUUCCUUCUACACCUGCCAAGCCAGUUACUCCUCAUGCCAAGGAAAAUGAAAGCAAUGUCCCUCAAAGCACAACGAAAUCAAAUGUGGACAAAAAGGGUGCCUCCCCAAAUUCUUUGCUUUCCUUACUGAACUUGGUUCCCAUUGAGGUGCCUGAUCAAGAGCCAGUUUCUGCCACAAAGACAACUGAAAUUUCAGGGCUUGCUUGCUCCACUCCUUUGAGGACUCCACUUGCGGCAGCUAGUAAGGGUGAGUCCACAUAUCCUGCAGCCACCCCUCUAUCUGAGAGCAGAAGGACAAAAACAACAAUUGAUCCCUCGGCACCAGGAAGCAAAACAACUGGUCCUAAGUGGCACGUCUUGUCUGCAGUUUGCUUCAAGUCGUUGACAGCUUGUCGAAGAAAAUUACAGUCGUCAACUUCAUCCACUCCUGUUAUUCUGAGAACAGAAGAAAGAACGGCAAAAGGAAACCAGGCAAAAGCAGGAAAAAAAUUUACAAAGCUGAGUUGUGCCUUUUGCUUCAGAACUCGCCCCUUGCCCGACUUUAACAAGGAAACAGAAGCCCCAGAAACUUGCAUGAAAAAGACUCCAGCAGCACAACCUCUGUCAGCGGUGCUAGGAAGAAGUGGUUUAGACAAGAGACAAGGCACUAUCUCAAUGCCGCCUCCACCCCCACCUCCGACAUGCUUGGCCAAGAAUAGUGCUUCCAAGAAUUUAUCGAGAAAAAAUGUUUAUAAUCCGAGCAAAUUUCUUGCUAAUUCAUUACCUGAUGGGAUCACACAUGAGAAUGCAUCCCCAAACAUUCAGCAGUGAUCAGAGGAUAUGUAUAACUCCUUGCCCUGGCAGCAAGAUGGCUUUUGGAGUAGGAGAAUGCAGUUCAUGUUUCCCUUUCAAUUUGGUGUAUGCAAGGAUUUUCGGUACAUGUUUCUUUAACAAAUUCAACGUAUGUAUAGGAAAGAAAUAAAGAAUGUUGAGGGAAAGGUUCCGCGGGUGACCACAUAUGUCUACUGAUGCCUGGAUUAGGAAUCAGAAACGAGAUUCAAGAAUUAUGAAACGAUCAUAAAGUACAAUGAAGAAAGAAACUUUUGGUA